CUAAUUGAAAAAUAAAAGAUGGCUGAUGAAUGGUCAACAAAAUAAGUUUUAAAAUAUAUUGUAAUCAAUGAAAAAUUGAGUUUCGAAGCAUUUGGCUGUUUAUACAAGGGUUUCUUUAAAGAAGAUGAGACAAAAUUGAUUGCUGUCAAAAUGGUCAAAAUAGCUGUAAAUAUUACAUAUUGAAAAAUAGUUGUUUGAUGAAAAUCCAAAGCUUCUUGAAUUGUUUAAAUAAGAAAUUGCAAUACUUUAAAAAAUUAAUCAUCCUAAUAUUAUAAGGAUACUCGAUGUUCUUCGUACAAAUACUUACGUGUACUUAAUACUAGAAUAUUGUGCUGAUGGCAAUUUGAAAAAAUACAUAGCCAGAAAAAAAGAUAAUAGACUUAGCGAAGUUAAUCUUAUAAUAACUUUAGGUUGAAGCAUUACUAUUUAUUAAGCAUAUUGUAGAAGGUUUUAAAAUAUUGUAUUAAAAUAAAAUACUACAUCGUAAUAUUAAGCCUGAUAACAUUCUACUACAUUAAGGAAUAGCAAAAAUUACUGAUUUUAGUGUUGCUUGUAUAAUGGAUUCAGACAUGAAUGGUUUAAUUAUAUUUAAUUUUAUAGCUCCAUCCUAUUUGACAAAAAUGGGCACUCCAUUAUACAUGGCACCAUAAAUUCUAAAAGGAUAACCAUUUUCUUCAAAAUCUGAUAUUUGGUCUCUUGGAAUUACAUUUUAUGAACUUCUUUAUGGAAGAGUUCCUUGGUAAGCCAAAGAUUUUGAUUCUUUCUCUCAAAAUGUUUUAAAUGAAGUAUUUCAAAUCAAUAUAUUGAGCCAAUAUCCUUUCCAAUUAAACCUGUAAGAUCGAAUGGAGCGAAGGAACUUAUAACAAAAAUGUUAUAGAUUGAAGAAAAAGAUAGAAUUUCUUGGGAGGAAUUGUUUGAAAACCAGAUUUUCAGAGAUAAUCAUUAAAUUAAUCAGAUCAACUAUAAUUUACAAGAAUUAGGUAUUAUUUUUAUAAAAUUAUUAAAGAUGAUUUUUCCAAAUAAAUUUUCAUCAAUCUUCAAUAUCUUGAUUAACAUUUAGUUGUUAGAUAAAUAAUUUAGAUUCAUUUUGAUUCCUUUUAAAAGUAGUAAGAAAUAACUUCCAAAACUUUUGGAGAAGUUAAAUCCAAAUCUAUUAAUUAUGGUUAAGAUUUUAAUGUAAUUUUUCCUUUUAAAAUAAUAGACUGAAAAUUUUCUGCUUAAUUAAUAAAAAUAGAAUAAAAUAAGAGCAGCCAUGUUAAAAUAUUACAACUACUUUUUAUUUGAAAGAAAUGUUGCCUUUUUCUUUAAUUAUGUUAUAUAAAAAACUAUUUUCCUAAAACCAAAAUUAAAUUUACCAAAUUUACCUUAUUUUAGAUUAAUUUCAUUAAUAGCAAAAAAUUAAUUAAUCCAUUUAGAAAGAGUUAGGGAAUAAUUUUCUAAAGAGGUUCAUGAAAAAUUUAACAUAGAAACAUGGUAAAAUUUUUUGAAAUCUGAGGUAUUUUAUAAAAUCAUUCUUAGGAAUUCAAACAAUUAGACUUAUUAAUUAAAACAGAUAUAUAAAGUUCUUAAGAUUUAUUUUUUAAAAUAACGAUAGCUUUCAGAAAGGUUGCAGAGGAAGAGUUAAAAGGAUAAAUAAAUUAACUAGACGCAGAAUUAAUUAAAGAUUCCUUGAAUUUGAAUGAAACAACAUUUAAAGCAAGCGAAGUUUUUUAUAAUUGUUACAGAGAAAUUAUUGGAGAUAAUAUUAAUCAUUUAUUAAAAUUAUAAAGUGAAGAAGUAGAUAUUAAUUUACUUAUAUUAAAUCUUUCCAUAUGCUUAAAUCCGUAUGAAGAGUUUAAAGAGAUUUAUUUCGAUUUUGAUAUAUUUUAUGAAGUAACAGAACAGCUAAAGUUUAAUGAAAUUUAUGAAAGAUUGUUAUAAAAAAGAGUUAAAUUAUUGGUAUCGAAAUGA